AUGGGCUGUAAGUAAUGCUCACAUUUGUUAAAUCCGGAUGCGGAUGAUCAGUCCUCUCACAAAAAGGAUGAUUUAACUGAGAUCCUAGAAGAAUCAUCAUCUCGAGGUCAGUCUUCAGUCAGGACCUCCGAAUCUGCUGUUUCUAAAACUUCUUCUAGAAAUCGCUCUUAGAUUCAUUAGAAACAGUCUUUUCGACCUCAGCCAGAAUCAAGAAAGUAACUAAAGGUUUUAGGCUCACUGUAGCCUCCAAUGAAUGAAGUUAACUAGCUACAUUCAGAGGCAAAUGAGAGAGUUCAAACUAUUCUCUCAAUGAGCAGGAGGAGCAACCAGGAUUAGGUAAUUGUAAACUAGGAUUAACCUCCACUAAUGGGAGAAGAACAAGAGUCUCUUAGAAAACUGAUUAGUAAUAGGUAAAAAGAUAGCAGUAAUAUCUAGAACAGUAUUCCUAGUAACAUGUAAAAUUAGAUUAAUCCCAUGAUUAACGAGCAUAAUAGACCAACAGUAAAUGCCUCCAGCAUAGUUGUUAUCUAAGAUUAAAAAUAGACUGCUAUAAAUGGUACCUAACAACAGGCGCACUCACCAUAAAUAUUUUCAGCUACUUAAAAGCAAGGAAGCGCAAGAAAGCUUUCAAAAUCCAAAACCAAAAGAAAGAAAGGCACCAAAAAAAGAGGGAAAAGUAUGAUAGAUAGGGGUGGAGGUGAUCACUCAGCUACAUUUAAGCAUAAAGAUGGUCUUAAUGCUCAAGAUGAUGCCGAAGAUGGAGAAGAGGAUAUGAGUCAUAAGAAUAUGAGUGUCAUCCUUGAGGGAGACUAGCGAAUGCUUUCUUAAAUGCAAUUUGAGAAAACCAAGUAGUACGAUGCCGAAAAUCUAUCUUAGCAAAUGAGUAGAAAAUCCAACAGAUAGGCCAAGAACAGCGAUGUUGUAUUGGAACUUAAUAUGAUCUCAUCCAAAAAGGGAAAGAUCACUAAGGACUAUCAAAUACUUAACUUGCUUGGCAAAGGAGGAUUCGGAGAGGUGAAAAAGGUAAUGCAUAAACUAACUGGGCAAAUGAGAGCAAUGAAGAUUAUAAAAAAAGACGCAGCUGAAGAAUAUCUGUAAAACCUCAAUAACGAGAUAAAAAUACUCAAAGUCCUUGAUCAUCCUAACAUCGUAAAGCUAUAUGAAAUCUAUCAAGAUCAGAAGAAUAUAUAUUUGAUAACUGAAUAUCUUGAAGGGGGAGAACUAUUUGAUCUGAUUCUGAAGACAAAGCACUUUAAUGAAAAUAUAGCUGCUAAAAUCAUGAAACAGCUUUUAUCAGCUGUCGCCUAUUGUCAUAAUAAAAACAUUGUCCAUAGAGAUCUGAAGCCAGAAAACUUGCUUCUUUGUAAGCCAGACUCCUUCGACGUUAAGGUUAUUGAUUUUGGUUUAUCAAGGACCUUUACACCUGAAAAGAACAUGUACUCAAAGAUGGGUACACCAUUUUAUAUAGCUCCAGAAGUUCUAAAAAAGAAAUACAAUGAGAAGUGCGAUGUCUGGAGUUGUGGUGUUAUUCUGUAUAUUUUACUUUGCGGAAAUCCUCCAUUUAAUGGUAAGAACGACUAAGCUAUCUUCGACAGUAUUUCCUUGGGCUUUGUAAGCUUCCAGGGUGUAGAAUGGAAAAAUGUUUCAAAUUAAGCCAAGAUAUUCAUUAAGAAACUGCUUCAAGUGCACCCUGAUUAGAGAUUGAGUGCAUAACAAGCACUCUCAGAUCCUUGGAUCAAAAUAUACACUAGUUCAGACACUAUAGCUCCUCCUAUGGCAAUGAACAUACUUAAUAACCUAAGAAGUUUCAAUGUAUUAUUAUUUGCUUAACCAAUUUUAAUACUAGUCAGAACUAAAGUUCCAGAUAAGACUCGUCUGACCGAAAUUUUCAAAUCAUUUGAUAAGAAUAAUGAUGGAGUCCUCAGCAAAGAGGAGUUGAUUAAUGGUUAUAAUUUGUUAUAUGGCAGUCUAGAUAGAGCUAUCCUAGAGGUUGAAUCUAUAUUAGCCUAGGUAGAUAUCAAUAAAAAUGGAACAAUAGAUUACUCAGAAUUCUUGUCGGCAACAAUGCAAAGUACAGAGUUACUUACUAAUGAUAAGCUUUAAGCAGCUUUUAACCUAUUUGACAUUGAUUAGAAUGGAAGAAUAACUAUAGAAGAAAUAAAGUCUAUGCUCGGAGGAGACUUACUAGAAGUAAGCAAUGAUUUCUGGGAGAGCUUGCUAGGUGAAGGUGACUACAAUGGAGAUGGAGAGAUAUCCUUUGAAGAGUUCAAGACUAUGAUGAAGCGCCUAUUUUUGAAAUGA